UUCAUUUCUUUUCGCGCAGAGGCACAGAGAGAGAGGAGAAUGACAGAGACGCGGUCGUCGGCGUCGUCAUCGUCGUCGUCGAGGUUCAGGAGGAUCUGCGUGUUCUGCGGAAGCAGUUCAGGGAAGAAAUCUAGCUAUCCAGAAGCCGCUAUCCAACUGGGACAAGAACUGGUGGAGAGAAGGAUUGAUUUGGUGUAUGGAGGUGGGAGCGUGGGAUUGAUGGGUCUUGUUUCUCAGGCUGUUCAUGAUGGUGGGCGCCAUGUUCUAGGGGUUAUUCCGAGAACUCUUAUGUCUAGAGAGAUAGCUGGUGACACUAUUGGGGAAAUAAGGACCGUGUCUGACAUGCACCAAAGGAAAGCCGAAAUGGCCCGUCAAGCUGACGCAUUCAUCGCCCUUCCGGGUGGCUACGGCACCCUCGAGGAGUUGCUUGAAGUCAUUACUUGGGCUCAGCUCGGCAUUCACCGCAAGCCUGUGGGUCUUUUGAAUGUGGAUGGGUACUACAAUUCUUUGUUGUCUUUUAUUGACAAGGCCGUCGAUGAGGGCUUCAUCUCCCCUAGUGCACGUCACAUCAUCGUGUCUGCUCCCACCGCGAAAGAACUAGUCAGGCUCCUUGAGGAAUAUGUCCCGCAAUGCGAAGACGUGACGGCCAAGCUCGUGUGGGAGGAGGUGGACAGACUGAGCUACGUGCCUGAAUCGAGCGUCACCACGUGACGAAAAAGUAAUCGAUGUGGAAACUAUAUUGUUUUACUCAGAAGGACUAAAUAUAAUAAAAGUUGGCGGUGGCGGUACAAUCUUCAGCACAGGACAGGUUACAUUUUGUUCUUUUUGGGGGGGUUUGAAGCAGCGAGACUCUUGUCUCGAGCAAUACGGUCUGUGGAAAGGAUAUUGUAAUUUUGCCUUCCUUUUGUUUAAUGUCGAAGGAAUCAUCAUCAGUUCAGGCUU